GCGCGCAGGGGCGAGAUCGCGACGUGACCGUGACGUGGGGGCAGAGAAAACACGUCUACGCACUUACUACACACACACACGCGCACGCACUCAAGCUCGUGGGGUUGUUUUUAUUUUUUACAUUUUUUUUUUUUUCGAUGAGCUGCUUCAAGGAGAGGAGCAGGAGGAAGGAGACCGCUGCCUUUCCGCCGAUUUACGCACGACGCGCGCAACUUUUACGCACGGGAUAUUUGGACACGCUGCACUUGAUCCAAGAGGACCCUCGCGCCUUUUGACUGAAGCUUCAAACAGGAAGCUCAGAUUUUUUUAAAUUUUUUUUUUGUGGCAUUUAACGUGGAAUUGACUCAAUUGGACACGUUUGGAUUCGCGUUUUGGGGAAACUUCUUGCUGAGCAAUCAUCAUCAUCAUCAUCAUCAACCUCAUCCGUGCACCAGGAACCUCCAGGCACCUGUUCGAGCCACGCGUCUAGCCUGAGUGUGAGUCAUCGUUAUCGCAGUGAGAUCAUCACAGGUUGCAAACUCACAUUCGGGAUCCCUUCACGUCAACCCGACCGAGGCUCGGCGGUGAGAGUGGAAGCCGAGGUGCUCAAUGCCCAGCCGGUCGCUGGCGGCUCUUCUGGCUGGGCGGCAACAUGAGGUCGUGGCUCCUGCUGCUGCUGCUGCUGCUCCUCAGGCUCGGCGGCGCUGAGGUCAGAGCAGAUGAGGGCGAUCCGCUCCCUGCGUCGCUGGUCGACCUGGUGAGGAACUCCCCCGUCUCCUCCGUGGACGACCUGAAGCUGCUGCUGCAGCACGAGGCAGACGCAAUAGAAGAAGACGAUGAUCACGGCAUUCUCACAAACCAAACACACGGACGACACAUCAGAAGCAUCGUGGAGGCUGAGAUAGCCCAGCAGGCGGCGUGCAGAGUUCGGACCGAGGUGAUGGAGGUGACCAGGGCCAUGCUGGACCGUCGCAACGCUAACUUCAUGCUGUGGCCGCCCUGCGUGGAGGUGCAGCGAUGUUCGGGCUGCUGCAACACCCGGCUGCUGCAGUGCGUACCUGCCGUCACCUCCAGCAGAUACCUGGAGGUGAUAAAGAUCCAGUACAUCAACAGGAAGGCCCACUAUGAGAAAGCCAUCAUCUCGGUGGAAGACCACUUGGCGUGCAGGUGUCAGCCGUCCUCGCCCAACCCGGCGCCGCUUACCCCGCCGUCCCGCCCUCACCCGCCUCUCCCCCGGGCGGCCCACCCGGCUCCGCCGAUGCCCCGCGGCUCCAAGGCCGACCUCCACCGCAACGACGACCUGAAGCGCAACCAGCGGUUCUUCGACAGCGAGGAGCAGGAGCCGGCGGCGAGGCGGCGGCCGCAGGGGGGAUACACGCAGCUGGUGCGCUGGACGCAGCCCAGGCCGCGCCAGUCGGCCGACGGCUGGCCGUCGGACGCGCGGGCCGAGCGCGGCGUAACGGGAAACCCGCCGCAGGUCGGCCCGGGGAGCGGACACGAAGGCAGUCGCCAGGAAGGCGGCGAAGUGCGUCGUCGGCAGUUCCCAUCCCGUAGCUACGACCGCGGAGAGUCCGAGGAGCACAAUCUCAGGACGCAAUAUCGACUCAACGCCCCCCAGUCGGACGGCGCCUCUCUUCCCGAGCCGACCCCGUCGCCCCAAUCGCAACAAAGCCCCACCCCCGUUUUGCGCAUUCCCACCAACCACAAAGACUCGGUGACCGGCCGGCCCAACAUUGAGGCGACGCCGACGCACCCGAGGACGCAAGCGGAACGUCAAACGGGGAGCGGGAGGCGGGACAGUGAGUCGGCCGAUCAGGGCGUGGCUAAGGACUUGACGCUCACAGAAGAGGACAAGAGGCAGAAGGUUCUGGAAGUGGUUCAGGGGGAGCUAGACCGAUCCACUCAUCUUCAUCCUCAGCAAAGACCUAAGCUUGGGCUCGCAAUGGCGGCGCCGCCCUCCAGCCGCCAGACCCCUUUCAGGCCGGCGUCCCCCCGUCGUAGGAGGAAACACCGCAAGCGCAUCAGCAAGGAGGCCAUGAGAGCCAUGAUCAUGUAGAGCUGAGGAGCAGGGAUCUGUGAAGCAAACCAAAGGCUGUGGGACCCAGAAAAGCAGCUCCAAAGGGUGCAUGGACGCACCGGACGCUACCAGUGCGGGACCAGAUACACACUGGAUGAACAUUGGAUUCACACUGGACACACGCUGGACAUUGACGACAGAUGCGGGUGGAUGUCAGAGGACCAAAUGUUUAAAAAAAAAAAAAAAAAAAAAAAAAGUGCAAUCUUAAAAACUCGGAGCAGAGGAACUGUGUCGCACUAAACACUGGAUGGACUCGGGGCUACGUUUAGUUGCACCCGCGGGUGCCCUGCACCUCAUGGGUGGUUCGCUGGACACCGAAGGGUGCUUUUCUGCUUCUUUUUGGCGACGUCUAAGCCGCUCGCGUUGUACUACUGCCACCUAACACGGAGCUCCAAAUACUACUGUACAAGGACAAACAUACUGUACAUGAUCAUAUUAAAAGCAGUCUUAAAAGACGUGGCUUUUUAGAGAGACGCUGUGAGACAGUGAAUAGCCCGACACCGUAUAUGUAUAAACGCGUCUAGCAACGUUUUAUUUCUUAACUUAUUUAAAAAACACAAAACAAAACAAAAAGGAUGUUGAAGUCCUUCGGUUCUCAAGUGUAAUUAUGAUGAUGAUGAUAUUAUUAUUAUACUGAUAAUAACGAUAACAAUUAUUAUUAUUGUUGCUGUUUCAAGUCAAAGGAACUGUUGGUUGUACACACUGUAACUGUAAUGAAUGUUAUUUUUCAUAGAAAAUAAAAAAGCUCAAGAGAUACAUAUGGUAUGCUGUGUGUGUGUGUGUGUGUGUGCGUGCGGGUGCAACUUAUGAAUGAGGAAGAGGAGGGCAAAGCUAUGCGAUGAAGCAUGAAAUACGAGAUAAAUGGCCUG